UUGGAACGGCCAGUAACAUAAACGCAACCGUGCGGUUAAGAAGAGAACGAAAUCAAUUGUUAUAUUAAAUUAAAUAAUACGAAAAAUAAUAAAUAUUUAUUAAGAAAAUAAAAUGAGUUGUGGAUCUUCAACAUUAAAGUUUACAUUAUUUAUAUUAAAUAUUCUGUGCUUUAUAGUUGGUGUCCUAACACUCUCAGCGUGUACCUAUGCUCUAAUUGAAUUCGAUGGAAGUGAAGCUAUUAAAAUACCCUGUAUAUUGGGAAUAGUUUUGAGUUCGAUAUUAUUUUUAAAUAGUAUUUUGGGAUGUUGUGGCAUUACACGCAAAUCGAUACGUAUUACUUGGAUAUAUGCCAUUGUAAUGCUGAUUUUACUGUUGGGUCAAAUUGCUGUGAUAUUUUUGGAACCAGUUAACUUUAACAACAUUGCCAAUGAAAUAAUUAAUAAUGUCUGGAAUUCUGAUAUAGCGAACGAUUAUACAAUGACAAUGUAUGAAAUGAAGUAUGAAUGCUGUGGUAAAUUUGGACCAGAUGAUUAUGUAAAAGAGGGACACUCAAUACCAUUGAGUUGUUUUCAGAACAACAACAACACACUUGCAACGAACCUAUUUACCGAGGGUUGUGUUACAAAGUUGACAGAAAUGUAUUCCCUAAAUCAAAGAAUUGAAGAAAUUUCUGACUGGACAUUAGUUGGUCUAGAGGGAGCUUCAGCAUUCGUGGCUGUUAUAUUGGCGAUAAGUUUGAAACAUAUUCAAAGGCGAAAAUUAUAUCAUUAACUAUUUAUUUGAUCAUUCUUAGAUUGUAAAUGAUAUAUAUUUUUGAAAAAGAAGCUUUAAUCCAAUUACUUUUCUGUGUAUGUCAGUAUUUUAAUAGCUUAAUUGUGAAAUAUUUAUUUUGUAAUAUUAUGGAAUUAAUAGAGAAAUAUUUAUUUACUUGUAUAUAUUA